AUGGGGCUCUUCGUGAAGAUCACAAGGCGCUACUCGGUCGCCUCUUCUUUCAGUUUGCUUGUGGUGCGGAGCUACUUGGGCCUCAUUCUGAACGCCGCAGUUAUCUGUCUGGGAAGGCAGUUUGCCGCCAGUCGGGGACGCCUCGUGGAGACGACCAGCACGCCUUCGGUAUGCGGUCGCUCAUUCACCUGGCUCCUUGUCAGGGUGCUGGCAGGCUUCGGAUGUGUGAUUCUCGAAUAUUAUGCAAUGGGCCGUCUGCCUCUUUCGACGAGUUCUGUGAUUUUGUAUUCAAGCCCUGUCUUCGUAGUGCUAUGGGCAGCUAUCCUCCUAGGCCAACCAUUACGCAUCCCCGAUCUCGUGUGCAUGAUGGCUUGUGUUGCCGGCAUGACGCUGGAAAUCAGCCCCUGGGAGAGCCAGGACUCUGGCAAGGCGUCCGGAUACCUGGCGAUCCUUGCCUCGGCAGUCUUGGCUGCAUUGGUCUGCGUGUCGCUGCGAGCCCUGCGCGAUGUGCCGUACUACACGGUGCUGAACACGUUCUUCUUGGGAUCCCUGUCGUUGUCGGCAGCCCGCGGAUGCGGUGCGGCGUUCCAUGAGCUUCAUUUUCCAUCCUGGCACGACGCGGCAUGGGUGAAUUGGGCACUCGUGGCCGUGUUCGCUUAUGCAGCAGAGGUCUGCAUGACAUGCGGCUUUGCCCGGGCAGGCGAUCGGGCAGGUUCGGUAUCCGUAUGGAAGUUUUUGUGCCCAGUUUUCUCAAUGUUGUGGGGCGCUUUAUUUUUGGGCGAAGGGGUAACGUGGUCAAGCAUUUGCGGCUCGACCCUGAUACUUGCCUCCUCACUUACGUCCUUAUCACUCCAAGCGCGUUCAGUGUCUCAUGGGCAGGACAUCUGUGCUGCUGCGGGGCACAAUGCCGACCGGCUUGACGGAUUACGGCGCUGA